AUGCUGAAUGCUCAUGUGCCCGUUGCUGGAGGGUCAACUUUGCGUGCGAGCCAAAUCUGGGCUGGUUCCAAUGGCAGCCCGAGCCUCAAUCGACUGAGCAGGUCGUUCCAUGUCUUGGCCAUGCAGCAAUCCGAGGACUUCCUCCGACAACAUGGGUUCACAAAGAAGCAGCACGAAGGCCAAUGUGCAUCCAAUCUGUCAAUUCUUUGGCAUUCUGGACAAAUGACGCGACAGGCUCGCGGUCGAAGCAGCACGCUGCGCACCCAGCCUCUACAGCAGGUGCAGCGCAUGCACCACACCCGGCUCACCCCUCUCACCCCUCUCAGCCCUCUCACCCGGCUCACCCGGCUCACCCACCUCAUUCGGCAUACCACUCACACCCAGCGCACCCAGCUCCACACUCAGCACAUCCAGCGCACCCAGCGCACCAGGCGCACCCGGCACAACAUGGGCACCCUGCCCACUCGCAUUCACAUCCUGGCCAUGGAAGCCAGAAUUUGCUGCAUCCUGCUCAUCUCAACCACCUUCCAGUGCCAAAGAGCACUCUAA